CAGCAUCGAUAAACAUGGCGGCCAAGGCGCUUCGGCAACGAACCAGGCGAGGCAGCAGACAAGAUGCAAACAACGUGAACAUAUCCGCCGAAGCUCGGACACCGAAAGAGGAGAAGGGUGGCGACGACAGUAAAAUCACAGAGACUCGGCAAGAGUCAAUAAGUCGUGGGGGGCAAGUCUGGGCUCCAGAAGGUUCUACUGCCUUUAAAUGCCUGCUCUCUGCGCGUUUCUGUGCAGCUUUGCUCAGCAACAUCUCAGACUGCGAUGAGACCUUCAACUACUGGGAGCCUAUGCACUACCUGCUGUACGGCACAGGGAUGCAGACAUGGGAAUAUUCCCCAUUGUACGCCAUCAGAUCUUAUGCUUACCUAUGGUUACACGCUCUUCCUGCUUGUUUGCAUGCCCAUGUUCUACAGACAAACAAGGUUCUGGUGUUCUACUUUGUACGAUGUGUCUUAGCAUUCUCCUGCUGUGUCUGUGAACUCUAUUUCUACAAGGCAGUUUGUAAGAAGUUUGGCUUGCAUGUGGGCCGUCUGAUGUUGGCAUUCCUUGUCCUGAGCACAGGAAUGUUCUGCUCGUCUGCAGCUUUCCUGCCUUCCUCUUUCUGUAUGUAUACGACACUGGUUGCCAUGACGGGGUGGUUUCAGGACUCAACACCAUUAGCCAUUGUGGGUGUUGCAUCCGGUGCCAUUGUAGGAUGGCCAUUCUCCGCUCUGAUUGGGGUUCCGAUUGCCUUCGACCUGCUGAUUUUGAAGAGGCAGUGGAAAAGUUUUAUCACCUGGUCAGCUGUUGCUCUGCUUCUGCUGCUGGUACCCCUGGUAGCAGUGGACUCUUUCUUUUAUGGCAAACUGGUUAUUGCUCCACUCAAUAUUCUAUUGUAUAAUGUCUUCACACCACAUGGACCUGAUCUCUAUGGUACAGAGCCAUGGCAUUUCUACUUUGUAAAUGGGAUCCUGAACUUCAAUCUGGUGUUUGCUCUGGCAUUGUUUUCUCUGCCACUCACCGCUCUCAUGGAGACACUUCUACAUAAGUUCAAUGUGCAGAACCUGGGCCGUCCAUACUGGCUGACUCUGUCUCCCAUGUAUCUGUGGAUGCUGGUUUUCUUCACCAGACCUCAUAAAGAAGAACGUUUCCUCUUUCCCAUUUACCCUCUCAUCUGCCUCAGCGGUGCAGUAGCCCUCUCAUCUCUACAGAAAUGCUACCACUUCCUGUUCCAGCGAUACCGACUGGAGCACUACACGGUCUCCUCUAACUGGUUGGCUCUAAGUACCGUCGUGGUCUUCACAGUGUUGUCACUGUCACGCUCUGUCGCCCUCUUUAGGGGCUACCACGCCCCACUGGACCUGUACCCAGAGUUUCACCGCAUCGCCAAGGAUCCGACUCUUCACUCAGUCCCCGAAGGCAGACCUGUCAGUGUGUGUGUGGGCAAAGAGUGGUACCGCUUCCCCAGCAGCUUCUUACUACCACACAACUGGCAACUGCAUUUCAUUCAGUCUGAGUUUAAGGGGCAGCUGCCUCAGCCUUACGCCUCUGGUCCUCUGGCCACGCAGAUGACCCCAGCUAAUAUGAAUGACCAGAACCUAGAGGAGCCAACCAGAUAUGUGGAUUUACGGCAGUGCCACUACUUAGUAGACCUGGAUACAGAUGUAGUGGCGCCUCUUGAGCCACGUUAUUCAACCAACAAAGAAGAGUGGAACAUCAUCGCCUAUAAGCCUUUCCUUCAAGCAUCAAGAUCAUCUCCUCUCUUCAGAGCAUUCUACAUCCCAUUUAUAUCAGACCAUCACACCACCUACAAGCGCUACGUCAUCUUGAAACCACGGCGGCAAAAGCAGCCUCGUAAGCGUAUCCACGGCUGACCUUUGAACCUCAGCGUGGCCUAAAAUCCUACAACAUCCUGAUAACAGAAAUCAAUCACUUCCCCUCAGUACAGCUGGUAUUUGUGUGUGAUUGUUGAACAUGUGUGCAUGCAUGUGUUUUGAAGUAUUUGUCUCUUGAAAUAUUUGAAGAUAGCGAACCCUUUAAGAACUGUUUUUGGGCUUGUGUGCGUGCGUGCGUGCGUGUGUGUGUGUGUGUGUGUGUGUUUGUGUGUGUGUACAGAGAAAAUGGUAUGUAUGGAGGUGAGCUUGACAGGAAUCAGCUGGACAUUUUAUCUCCUUUUGUGUGUGUGUGUGUGUGUGUGUGCGUGUGUGCGUGUGUGCGUGUGUGCGUGUGUGCGUGUGUGCGUGUGUGCGUGUGUGCGUGUGUGUGUGUGUAACUGAAUGUAUUAUAUUGGCGGCACACUACAAGAUUUUACAUGUAUUUAGCCCAGGACAGGCCAUUACAUACAAAUAAUGUGUUUUUUUUCAUACUUCACUUGAAAAUGUGGCCUGACAGAAUUUUUCUGAAUAAUUAAUCUAACAAAUCUUGUAGUGUUUGCUUGUCUGCACUUGAACAGUAUCUUAUUGUGUGCUCUGUCAGGUGUGAGUGGUGGAGAUGAAUGAAGGUGAGGGUGUGUUAUUAAUUUAAGUUGGAAUGUUAAUAAAACAUAAUUGACUGUGAAUACAAUCCUCCUUUUUUUACUGGGAUGGUAAAAUCACUGCAUCACAGGCUGAUUGAUUUAAUUGUAAUCUUUUUAUUUGAAGAUUUCCUUAUGUAACAAACAUACAAACUCUCACUUACAGGAGAGAUGUCAAGGCAUUAUACAU